AUCGAGAGAGAGAGAGCAACUAUGAAUCAUUAGCUAUUGAAAAGAAAUAAAAAUGUGAGGCAAGUUGUUAGAGAGAGAAAUACGAAGACGAGAGAGAGAGAGAGAGAGAGAGAGAGAGAGAGAGAGGGGCUAUUAAGGUGGGUGAGGAUUGAGUUUGAAUUCCUUUCGGCCUCGCUAUAAGCUCAAACUGGCCUCGACUAUGCUGUAUCGGGCAGUUAAGGGAUACAAGAUCGAAACAUCUCCCCUACUCCCUUUUUCGCAAACUCUCUCUCUCUCUCUCUCUCUCUCUCUCUCUCUCUCUCUCUCUCUUUCUCGGAGUCGUAGGUUUUAGCUCUCCUUUGAAUACUUAAAGUCCAAAACCUCGUGUCUCUUUGUACGACCAUCGUUGUAUGUUUUAUUCACAAGGACUGAAGAAAGAAAGAAACUUUCUUUAGCUUGCCUUGGCCACCAUCCUUAAUUCUGGACUUCCAUGUUAAGAGGCUUCUCAGGAAUCUUUUGCAUUAAUUCUUAUUCAGCUCGUCAAAAUUUUCGUCUUUCAUUCUGCUGAGGAUUAAAAAAAAUGUGGGACUUGAAUGACUCCCCUGAUCAGAGAAGGGGUGACGAAUCCGAGGGCUGCUCUUCACAGAAAACCUCUUUAGACGGUGAUGAUGAAAAGGGAAAACGGGUCGGAUCUGUUUCCAAUUCCAGCUCUUCUGCUGUAGUAAUCGAGGAUGGAUCCGAAGAAGAAGAUGUUAGUGGUGAGGGGUGUAGAAUCAAGAAGCGUAGCAGCAAGAUAUUCGGGUUCUCUGUCACUCGUGAUAACUCCAUGGAGAGUGACCCGCCGGUGACCCGGCAGUUCUUUCCGGUUGAGGAUCAAGAAAUGGGGGCGACAUCCGGUGGCAGUGGUGGUGGUGGAGGGGGAGGAGGAGGAGGUGGAGUUGGGUUUCCUCGUGCUCACUGGGUUGGAGUCAAGUUUUGUCAAUCGGAGUCGCUUGCUUCUCCGAAAUCUGUUGAGGUCUCACAACCGUUGAAGAAGAGCCGGCGGGGACCCCGAUCGAGAAGCUCUCAGUAUCGCGGUGUCACUUACUACAGGAGAACUGGCCGCUGGGAGUCUCAUAUAUGGGAUUGUGGGAAGCAAGUCUAUCUAGGUGGAUUUGACACUGCACAUGCAGCUGCUCGUGCAUACGAUAGGGCAGCUAUCAAGUUUAGAGGAGUGGAGGCAGAUAUAAAUUUUAAUAUUGAAGAUUAUGAGGACGACUUAAAACAGAUGAGCAACCUUACUAAAGAGGAAUUUGUGCAUGUACUUCGCCGACAAAGCACCGGCUUUCCCAGAGGAAGCUCUAAAUAUAGAGGUGUGACCUUACACAAGUGUGGAAGAUGGGAAGCUCGAAUGGGCCAAUUUCUAGGCAAAAAGUAUGUGUAUUUGGGCUUGUUUGAUACUGAGAUUGAAGCUGCAAGGGCGUAUGAUAAGGCUGCUAUCAAGUGCAACGGCAAAGAGGCUGUGACCAAUUUCGAUCCCAGCAUUUAUGAAAAUGAGCUCAACUCUUCUGAAUCUUCAGGUAGUGCUGCAGAUCACAAUCUUGAUUUGAGUUUAGGCAAUUCUGGUUCGAAGCAAAACAAUGUAGGAUUUAGUAAUGAUAGGCAAAAUGCUGGAAUAGAUCAGCAAUCAGCACAGAUGCCAUUCGAAGCUGAUUGGCGAAAUCGGGGAAUUAGGCCUAAGCUAAACCUGUAUAGAAAUAGUGAUAGUAAUGAGCAUAGAAGAGAAGGUUACUGUGAGACUGAAACUAUGCAGCUUCUUAGCCAAACGCACAUUCAAUCUCCAGGAAAUGAAUCACAAAGAUAUGGACAAUUCAGGAGACCUGGAGAAACCCAGAUGUUUCAUGAUUUUUCACCAACAAACUAUCAAAUUCAGUUUCCGAGCAGCAGCAAUGGAGGCCGAAUUGGCAGUGAUCUUUCAUUAUCGCCUAGUGAUUACGACCACCACCAACAGCGACAAUGGCAAUCCAGGCCUCCGCCACCUCCUUAUCAGUUGGUUGCGAAUGCUGCAGCAUCAUCAGGAUUCCCACAGCAAAUUAGGACUCCACAAAGCUGGCUGCAGAAAAAUGGGUUGCACUCUAUCUUGAGAACCCCAUAACCCAUAUUUAUGAAGUAGCCAUUCAAAUUUUCUUCCAUGUGACACUGUAAUCUCAUUCCUAUGGUAUCCAUGUUUUACUUCUAAGCAUAUAUAAAGAACAAUGAGAAAGGGACCUUCCCAGCAAUCCUAGAGAAACAAGAAAGGGAAAAAACAGGAGAGAGAGAGAGAGAGAGAGAGAGAGAGAGAGAGAGAGAGAGAGAGAGAGAGAGAGAGAGAGCUCCAAGGCCCUGAGAAAUGUUGGUCACCGGGCAAACUAACAUGAAAUCUUUGAACUAGUUAAUAUUCAUUCUGGGUUUCUGAUUAGAGCUGCUAUGAAUUUUUUCUUUUCUGCAAAAAAAAUAAAAGGAAAAAAAAAAUCUUGGAUAAUAGAUUGAUGCUAUUUGCUUUGCA